AUGGAAUAUAUCAAAAGAAAAAGAAAAGAGGUCACAUUCAAUGUUGCAAAGAUAGAUGAAGAUGAACUGGAAGCAAGUGAAAAUAUGGAUGAGAUCAAAGAAAACUUUAUUAGAAGACUAAAGAGAGGAGCCGAAAAAUACAAAGUGGAAAGUACAAAUGUAAAAGUAUGUGAAGAAUGGGGUCGAAUUGCCUCUGAACCUGAACAAGAGACUCAAUUUGAGAUUAUUCCAGUUGUUGCAGAAGAGAAGGAAGGAGCAAACGGUGACAUGGAUAUGGGGCUUCCAGAUGAAAACACUUUUUUAGAGAGACCUGAUACAAAAAUUGAUGAUUUGAAGUCGGAGAUGAAUGCCAUUGCAAGUGGUGCAAAAGUUUUGCCAUUUGAAUUUAGAGCAUUGGAAGCUUGUCUUGAAGCUGCAUGUAACUGCCUGGAGUCUGAGACUGGAAUUCUGGAAGAAGAGGCAUAUCCAACAAUGGAUGAGUUGACAUCUAAAGUUAUUAGUACUCUCAAGCUUGAAAGAGUCAGACAAAUCAAAAGCCGUUUAGUUGGAAUAUCUGGUCGUGUUCAAAAGGUCAGAGAUGAAUUAGAGCACUUGCUUGAUAAUGAGGAGGAUAUGGCUGAGAUGUAUCUAACAGGUAAUUUGAUGCAACAACAAGAUGGGAUUCCUUCUCCCCCUUCUUUUCAUGGUGCUAGAGUUGGAAUGGAGCAGGAGCUGGAUUAUUCUGAUGCAGAAGAUGACAGUGACGUUGAAGCUCCGAGUGCAACAUUCAAUACAUUAGGUAGAGAUGAGGAGAGGAGAACAAGCAGUAGAAACCACAGUGGUACUAAGGGUCUUGGCGUUGAGGAGUUGGAGAUGCUUUUGGACACUUACUUUGUCCAGAUUGAUGGAACCCUUAAUAAGCUAUCAGCAUUGAGAGAGUAUGUUGAUGAUACGGAGGAUUACAUCAAUAUCAUGCUUGAUGGCAAACAAAAUCACCUUCUUCAAAUGGGAGUCAUGUUGACAACAGCGAAUCUUAUUAUCAACUUCUUUGUUGUUGUAGCAGGAGUACUGGGCAUGAACAUCAAGAUUGGUUUAUUUAAUUCUACCUUCACAAAUUUUAUUUGGUUUGUUGGUGGUUGUUCAGUAGUUUGUAUAUUCCUCUACGUUGGAGCAAUUGCAUGGUUUAAACAUAAACGAUUGCUGGAAUGAGCGGCUUCUUAUGUUGUAAUCAUUUCUUAUACCUAGGUCCAUCAUUUGAUCGUCUUUUUGUCAAUUCAAAGCUCAGAGUUCACUACUUAUGUAUUAUUGUAGUACAUGGUACUUGUUCAUUAAUAGUAACGGAAGCUUUUUCAAAUUCA